UUGGAAUCUUAUGUUUCAACAAAUACUAUAAUUUUUUUAUUUUUAAAUACAAUUUUGUGUGUAUAAUAUUUUUCAGAUUUUUUGCGGAGAUAUACUCAUACUGCUGUAAAGUAUCUAUAAAACUGAAGAUGUUUUUUAGGUACUACACGUAAGUGGCCAAAUUGAUAUUAUGCUGCAAGGAUUCAUGGAAAUUUCCUCUAAGCAUACAUCAAGAUCUUCUCUAGCUGCUAUUAAAGAUUUAGUUAAUAGACAUCAGAGAAUCAUCGAUUUGUCAGACGACAUUGAAGAUCUUUUCUCAAACAUCGCACUGUUACAAUUUAUCUGGAAUACUUUGGUCAUCUGUUGCAUAGGCUUUGUGAUUGUAAUAUCUAUCGGUACAGAAGAAGGUGCUACGACGAUAACGAAAUCCCUUAUCUUUUACGUUGCGAUAACUCUCGAGGCAUUUGUUUUUUGCUAUGCUGGAGAAUAUCUCAGUGCUAAGAGUAAAUCCAUUAGUGAUGCUGCGUACGAGUGCCUGUGGUACGAUCUAACCCCCAACGAGUGUCGAAUCUUGAUGUUCCUUAUGUUGAGAUCACAGAAACGGUUAACCAUCACUGCAGGCAAGAUAACUGAUCUGUCCUUGGAAGGUUUCACAACCAUUAUGAAAUCCUCUGCGUCGUAUAUAUCCGUAUUGAGUGCACUAUAUUAAAAAAGAAUGAAGAAUUGCAUUUGGACACUGGUGAGUCUUUUAGUAUCAUAGAAUAUUAAAUUAAAUUUAUCUCAAUGGCAACAACACAUAACAAAUUGACAUUUCCUGAAGGAAAGGACGUCAUAUGAUUUCUAUGCAAUGCG